AAGCUGCUAACAGCACUUUGUAGUUCCUUUAUGCUUCAACCAUGAAUCAUCAUUAUAAAGUGACAUGUAUACUAGCUCAGUACAAACAGACCAUGGAGACUAUCAUGAGGACUAAUAUGCUCACUUUCCUUAUUCUGGGUAUAAUUAAAUCUUGCCUCCCAGCUUCGCCUACUUCUUCCACAGAUCGUAGAGGAUCAGGUGUACGUAUAUAUUGCCUCCCAACCGUGUCUCCUUCUGCAGGUUUUUCCGACAGUCAUCCAAACAGUAAUGAUAAUGGCAUCAUUAAUGGUGUCGGUAAUACUGGUAUAGACUGUGGACAUAAUGCUAUGCGUUACAAUGCAUCCACCUGUGUCUGUAAACCAGGAUAUAAGUUAGAAUCAGUGGAUGUGACCUCAAGAGGCACUCAAUGCAAUUGUCAGAAUAUUUCCCACUCCUGCCCAGAAGAAUCAGAUAUUCGUAUUCACAACAGUUCCUGGUGCUUGGCUGUGAAAACCGCCUUGAAACAUAGCUGUGAAAUGAACAGUUCAACAACAAGUUGUUUAGAGAAUACAACAAUUGUUUUCAAGAAUUUCGUGCAGAAUAUCACAGCAAAAGAAGACCUUGUAUCCAGUGUGACCUUUUUUCUGAAAGAAAUCGGCUCCUCUGCAGGAACAAAGGCUCUUGACUUUCCAGAGAAACAGCCUGAGACUGCAAUUUCUCCCUUACUAGCAAUCCAGACAAAUAUAAUCAGCCAAAAAAUUAUUUCACAAAAUGAAAUAUUCAAGCUAGAAGCUCAAGGAGACCAAAUGUCCAUUUUCCCCAGUGCAGUGGUUGACAGGACAACUAAAGGACCUGUUGGUGUGGCUUUUAUAUCAUUUAGUGGGCUGGAAUCACUUCAGGGAGGGAGACUUUUGCAGGAAUGGAUAAACAAUGAAACAGUAGAAAGCAUCCAUGUGAAUUCCAGGGUGGUAAGCGCUUCCACCAGCAGCUUGAUAAGGAAUGUAUCCAGUCCUGUCAACCUCACUUUUCAACAUCUUAAGGAUAAAGUUCCCCAGCAAAAAUUUGUCUGUGUCCACUGGAACUCUUCAAGCAAGGAACAGCCCUGGUCAACUGAGGGCUGCCAGGAGCUCGGUUCUAAUAAAACUCACUCACAGUUUAGUUUUCGGUACUUGCCCAACUUUGCCUUGCUGAUGGCCACCACUCCUAAACAGGGAGAUUCAAUCCUCUUUGUGAUUUCCAACAUCGGAUUGAGCAUCUCACUGAUAUGCCUGUUCCUGUCUAUCGUCACAUUUCUCCUCUGCCGCUCCAUCCAGAACCACAGCACAUUCAUCCACCUACAGCUGUGCCUCUGCCUCUUCUUUGCUGACCUCCUGUUUAUAAUAGGGAUAGACAAAACAUACAGCAAGAUCCUGUGCUCCAUUAUUGCUGGAAUGCUACAUUAUCUCUUUCUCGCCUGUUUUGUGUGGAUGUUCUUGGAAGGUGUGAACCUCUACCUCACCAUCAGGAAUCUGAAAGUUGCACAUUACAAUGGUGCCAGCAAGUGUACAAAGACAUCCAUGUACCUUUGUGGCUAUGGGGUGCCUGCUGUGAUAGUAGCUAUUUCUGCAGGAAUUGUUCCUGAGGGCUAUGGGACUCAUAUACAUUGCUGGCUUAAUCAUGAAGCAGGUUUUGUCUGGAGCUUCAUGGGACCUGUUUGUGCCAUAAUUGUGGUCAACUCAGUAUUAUUCUGCCUAAUUCUGAAAAAUCUGCAUACGAAACUUGCAUCUCUAAAUUCAGAGGUAACAACCAUCAGAAAUAUCAGGUCACUGCUAUUUAAGGCCAUAGCCCAUGUAUUCAUCCUGGGUGUGACUUGGUUCAUAGGCCUCUUCCAGUUUGGAUCACAGGCUAAGGUUAUGGCAUACCUGUUCACCAUCACCAACAGUUUGCAGGGAAUCUUCAUCUUCCUGGUGCACUGCUUGCUCAACCAAAAGGUGAGAGAAACAUACUGGCAAUGGAUUUGUUGCAGCAAAUAUAUUAAGCCUCCUGUUUCUGAGAUGACUUUGUCUACUCUUCCCAUCAGCAGUCCCAAGGAAAGUGAACAAAGCACUUCUUCAGUACAGCAACAAAAGGUAGCAUGGAAAGAAUGAUGCAGAUCUAAAAUCUAUCUGCAUUGAUUUGUUUUCUUCCCACCAUCUGAAAAUGUAGCAGAAUGAACUGGAGAGACUUCAGGAAUUUUUUUAUAAGCUGGCAGAUCUUUUUCUAGUUGCCUCUGAAGUAACACUGCUUGGCAUCCAGUGCUGCAAGUGAUGCUGAUUUUCAGACAUUCCUUAUUCCCAUCCUAAAUGCUCCUUUUUAACUUAAAAACAGUGCAGAUGAAUUCUCCAAAGUUCCCAUUGCAGAAAAUUGUUCCAGGGAACAUCUCUUCCAUGCAAUGCAAAAUGGCACGUUCUGUCCUCAUUUUGAACUCCUUCUCUCUGCAAUAUGAGCAGAGAUCAAACUAUAUUGCACCAAAGGGCUGUGUAAAUCAGCCCUUAAAUGAUGAUACUUUUCACUUUGCACUUGGGAACAGAGGGAGACAUACCAUUUUCCUAUCAGGGAAUGAAUAGCAGGAAGAGUGGGAGCAGUCCUGUUCUCUAUUCCUGCCCACUGCUUGGAGCAAAUACUAGUUUAGGAGCCUUUUCCAACCUAGUGCCCUCCAGAUAUAACAGGCUACUAAUCCCAUCAUCCCCAUGCAGCAUGCUGCUGAGAAAACCAGGCUUAUUGUAUACCACACUAGUGGGGUGGUGUAUACCUUUAAGAAAUAAGUAAAUACAAAUAAUUUGUAAUACAGUUAUAUUCUGAAACACUACCCCAGCUUUGCUCAGAUAAAUAAUAAGUUUUUGCAUACGAAUACUGUACAGGCAAACAACUUAGCUUUGGGACAGUUUCUUAUUCUAUCACUAGCAUACCAAUAAGACCAAAGGCAUCGGAAUAUUGUCUUUCAGGUACUACUUUUAAAGAAUAUAAUCAAAGUUCAGUUAUUAGCUCUAAAACAUUGCCAUGAAACUGAAAUGUUGAUUAACUAAGGAAUACUUGCCAUCGGUUCAGAAGCAUAAUUAUUUCAAACCACUUUUGUAGUGCAAUCCAACCUGAUUGUUUCCCCUGUCAAAAUGCUGUACUUUUCUCUUAGGAACAGAUCCUGUAGGAUCUACAGGGGUUUAGAGAGGUUUUGGAAGCCACUAUGGCAAUCUCCUUGUGACACAUAAAGACAACAAAAAGGAGAAUGAUCAAAUGUUAAUGGCUGUAUAUUUUAUCAUCCAAGAGAUCUGUUUUCAUAAAAACACACAGAGUACCAUUCAAACACAAAAAGGUGGAAUAGCAUUCCCUGAAAAAAGACACAAAGGGAAAAAAGAAUGUAAAAAAUCCUAGAAACAUCAAUAAGGCUAAAAAAUAAACCAGCUAGUUUCCCAGAGCUAUUGAAUAUCUCCCAAUGUUGCCUCUUUGGGCACAGCUUUCUGGAAGGUGUAUUCUUUCUUUUCCCUGUACCCCACCCAUAUGCGUUUCCCAUGAGCAGACACCAAUGAAAAUGGAAUGUGUACAGCAUUGCCAGUGUAGUGUGGACUUACAGAAUGCAUUUUCUGAUAAGAUUCCAAUGUAAUGUGUACUGCUUAUAUACCACCCCAUAAUGCUUAAAGUAUUGUCUGGGCGGUUUAU